AUGGACAACGCGUUGCUGGACCUUCCGGCGGUGAUGAAAGUGCGCAUUGCCUCCUUUCUGUCGCCUCAGGAUGCUAUCAGCUUUUCCAGAACCUGCAAGGUCUUCUACGACGAUCUGUCCAUGACGACCUUGCCGAUGAGGAUUCCCUACAAGUCAUGGUACGACGAUGAUCUGCAAGAUACCACGGCAGUGCAGUGGAAACGAGGGCCCAAGAUCCCCUUUCUUCCUCAUCGCACUCAUUCAGUCACCCUGACGGGGAGUUGGUCUUGUCGAUUGGGGGAGCUGCAAGGGAGGCACUACGGGGCGAACUCACAUGCUCAGUUUUAUAUUGUGGCUUAUCCGCUGGAACACGCCACAAGAGGUAACACGCCUGAUAUUGUCAGCAGAAAACUUCCCGACGUUGAGGACAGUGAUACUGCAGAAGGGGGUGACAGCCGACCCUCUUGGCUCAGGGACAAGGGAGGGCGUAUCGUCUGGGCCAGCCAGCCCUUGUGUCAGCGGUAUUAUCAUCCGUCCAACAGCAAUUCCAGCUGGGUCAAAAUGACAGUCACCUUUAUUCCUAGCAAGGAAGAGGAGUACUUUCUGUGCAUUCAGCCAGGGCCAGGUUCCGCGUCGCAGCAACAGUGGUGGCGCCACUCGCUUCACAUGUCCAACCUUAUUGCCCAUAUUACUUAUCAUGAUAAUCCACACACAAACUUUUUGAUGAAGCGACAGUACAAGACUGUCGUCCGACACAUGCUCAUGGUGGAUAAUCGUGGAGCGUACUACACCAAGAUUCUGGAGGCCGUGGCUCGGUCUAUUCGGAUUCAACUGGCCCGGUUCGGACGCAACGCAUUGGACCCUGUCCUGGAAUCUUUCUUUCAGUCCACGGGAAUUCCCAGGGAUACGGAUUCCUUGCUUGUCUUGGAGGAAAUAGCUCGUUUCUUGUCUCACUACGCCUAUGUCAAUGAACGACAGAAAAAGUACAACAACUCCAAUACGGAAAGAGAUAGUGCCAAGGGAGGAUCCAGCAGUAACCGAGAGUCGAUCCCGGAUUGGGUUCCUUACGCCGAGUCCAGUGUUGCAAACAAAAGCAGCCGCGACCUGAGCCAUAGUCAUACCGACGACUUGGGAGUCCGGGAUGAAAGGGAGCCGGUCCGGGCAUCACCGGCGAUUGCGACAGUCAUGGAGCAGGACGGUUCGCGACCCCGCCGAACCAGCAAGCGGAUCCAGAAGACAAUGAAAUCGUUGUGGAGGUUGCCGUCUUCCCUGUGGCGUGCUGGUGGUGGGAAAGGUCGAAAGUCGCGGCGUGGCCACCGCCCCAGCUGGCGGACGGAUGAACUCACCGAGGAGUUCAGUAUUUCUGUUGCCCCUCAAGAGCUGGAGCGCGUUGCCGAUCAAAAUGAAGAGCAGAGACUGGGAGCCCCGUUCUAG